GAUUCUUCUGAAAUUGGCCUCAGCUGGAGAUGGGACAUCUACCAGCUAUUAUCUUGUUAGUUUGUUUCAUCCGCACUUUUGGUGAACAUUUGUCAAGAAACAAAGAGGAUUCAUUGAAUGAGAUAUUGACGGUCGAGUCUAAAUUACAAAAUAAUGACGCGGCUUUGGAGCAUAAAAGAUUUGCCCGUCACGCGGAAAUGGAAAACACAGUGACAGAACCCAUAAUCAAUCAUCUCAUGAAAGAACUAGCGCGACGCUACCCCCAGGCGAAGAAACAGCCCAAAUCAUUGAAAAAGGUCAUCAGAAAUCUCAAGCAGAAACUCGAAAUCUAUGUUCACAUGAAGAAACCACUACGCACGAGAGUACCUGAAGGAAUUAAUGGAAAUAAAGGAAAGAAAGGAAGAAAAAUGAAAAGGAUACGUAAAGUGAAGAAAAAUAGACAGAAACAACAACGUGUUAUCGAUACGGGUUAUAAGCAACGACUGCUGUGA